GAUAUGGAUUGAUGUUUCCUCAGUGCUCAUAAAGUCAGACCCGUGUUUGACGGACACUCACGUACAGCCUGAAUCAAUGGUGUCUUUGUGGAGUGUGUGUGUGUGUGUCGGUUUGCGUCAGCGGGUAGUGGCUAUAAGAGUGUGUGAGAGCUGAAGCGGCUCACACACACACACACACACACACAGCGGAUCUUCCUCUGACCGACGGGAUGCAGGAGCAGGAAUACAUGCAGAGAGGGAAGGAGAUGGUGGACUUCAUACAGCAGUAUCUCACACGGAUCCGUGAGCGGCGGGUGGUUCCGGAUGUUCAGCCGGGGUUCAUGCGUCCUCUUCUGCCCAGCAGCGCCCCGUACGAGCCUGAGGACUGGAGCCGCAUCAUGCAGGACGUGGAGAACAUCAUCAUGCCCGGGGUGGUGCACUGGCAGAGUCCUCACAUGCAUGCGUAUUUCCCUGCGCUCACAUCAUGGCCGUCGCUGCUGGGAGACAUGCUGGCAGACGCCAUCAACUGCCUCGGCUUCACCUGGGCCUCGAGUCCAGCGUGCACGGAGCUGGAGAUGUGUGUGUUGGACUGGUUGUGUAAAGCGCUCGGGUUGCCAGAUCACUAUUUACACCAUCAUCCACAGAGCAAUGGAGGAGGAAUACUGCAGAGUACGGUCAGUGAGUGUACGCUGGUCGCUCUGCUCGCCGCCAGGAAGGACCGGAUCCUGCAGAUGAAGAGCGACUUCACACACGCCGACACCGACGAAUCCGUGCUGAACGCCAGACUCAUCGCGUACGCCUCCGAUCAGGCUCACUCGUCAGUGGAGAAGGCUGGUUUGAUCGCUCUGCUGAAGAUCAGGUUUCUAGAGACUGACGAGGCGUUUUCUCUGCGUGGAGAAACUCUUCAGCGCGCCGUCGAGGAGGACCGGAGGAGAGGCUUCGUUCCUGUGAUGCUCUGUGCGACGCUCGGCUCCACCGGUGUGUGUUCCUUUGACCGUCUGGAUGAACUCGGCCCCGUGUGUGCGCGCGAGGGUCUCUGGCUGCACGUGGACGCGGCGUACGCUGGAUCUGCCCUCAUCUGUCCUGAACUGCGCUAUUUUCUCAACGGGAUCGAGUUUGCAGAUUCUUUCGUCUUCAACCCAUCGAAGUGGAUGAUGGUUCAUUUCGACUGUACAGCAUUUUGGGUGAAGAAUAAGAUGAAGCUUCAGCAGACGUUCACCGUCGACCCGCUUUACCUUCGACACGACAACUCAGACGCCACUGACUUCAUGCACUGGCAGAUCUCUCUGAGUCGCCGCUUCCGCUCCCUGAAGCUGUGGUUCGUGAUGCGCUGCUUCGGUCUGAAGAACCUGCAGGAACACAUACGACACAGCGUGGAGAUGGCGAAGCUGUUCGAGUCUCUGGUCCAAAACGACACAAACUUCCAGAUCCCAGCGCAGCGGCACCUCGGCCUGGUCGUCUUCUGCCUACGAGCUGGGAACGCAGCGACGCAGGAGCUACUGAGGAAACUGACUAAAUCCGGCCAGAUGUUCCUGAUUCCGGCUGCCAUCGGGAACAAACUGAUCAUCCGCUUCGCCGUGACGUCGCAGUUCACCGGCGCACAGGACAUCCAUCAGGACUGGAGGCUCAUCCAGGAGGCGUCCCGUGAGGUUCUGCAGGAUCUGACCCGCCAGCCCAGCCUGGGCUCCAGCACCGAAGAGGAGGAGCAGGAGCCGCUGAUCCACACGGAUCUCAGCCGGAUGAGGGAGCCCAUGAUCGACGGGCGUCUGGUGCGUCAGGGCCAGAGACGGGCCUUCAGGUCCAUGAGCUGCAGCGCCGAGCUCCCGCCGGCCCGACCCGAGCGCUGUGUCCCGCUGGAGCAGAUCCCGGAGAACCGGAACCAGGAGAACCGGAACCAGAAGCGGCUCCUGAAGGUCCACAGCGUCCCGAGCCUCUCACAGUUCUGGGAUCAGUGCGGGAUCUACCGGCCCUUCAGGAGAGGCCUGGUGACCAGCAGAGCCAGCUGCUUAAACUGCCUACCUUUACCAUAACUCACACACACACACGCACACACACACACACACACACACACACACACGCACGCACGCACACACACA